AUGUCUUCCAAGCCCCCCUCGCGGGUCGUCUUUGUGGGAAACAUCCCCUACGGCCUCUCCGAGGAGCAAAUCACCGAUAUCUUCAGCAGUGCCGGCCCCGUGGUCAACUUCCGCCUCGUGUACGACAGAGAGACCGGGAGGCCCAAGGGUUUUGGCUUCGCAGAAUACCCCGACGCAGAUUGCGCAGCUUCGGCUGUACGGAACCUCAACGACUACGAGAUCAUGAACCGCAAGCUCCGCGUCGACUACAGCACCGAGGGCCGUGUGGGGGACGAUGACGACAAGUCGGGAUCCAACAACGCGCCCAACGCCGCAGCAUACUCGAAUGGCUUCUCACAGGCACCACCGCAAGCGCUUCCCGUAGGAAGUCUACCCCCCCUGCCACCGGGCAAGGACCUACCGCCCGGAGUCAGCUUCCACGAUGCCAUCUCCCGCACGCUGCAUACCUUGCCCCCGGCCCAGCUCCUCGACAUCCUCUCGCAGAUGAAGUCGUUGGCCACGGCGGAUCCGGCACGGGCCACCGAGCUGCUAACGGCGGCACCGCAACUGUCCUACGCCAUCUUUCAGGCGCUGCUUCUCAUGGGACUCGUUUCACCCGAGGCUAUCCACGCCGUCGUCGACGCGAGCGCGCCGCCGCCCGCCCAGGCUGCCCCUGUUGGCUACCCUCCGCCUUCCAUGCCCGGCUUCCCUGUGGCACACACCGGCACGCCGCCAGUCGCGGCACCUUACGCACCGCCCAUGGCACAGCCUCCUCAGACAGGUUAUGCGCCUCCUGCCGCAGCGGCUCCGCCCGGCCAGGACACUGAUCAGCUCAUCAAGAUGGUGAUGGAGUUACCACAAGCGACCAUCGACCAGCUUCCGGAGGGGGAGAGGCAGCAAAUCUUGGCGCUACGGGCACAGUUCAUGGGCCAGCGACGCUGA